GACCAGCUCAUCAUCAUUUGUGCUUUGAACUUCUUAAGUGUAAAUUGCUCGAUCGCUUCUGCUCGAGAAAAUUUCGUGAAACCCAAAAAUCAACAAAAAAAAAACAAAAAUGAAAUUCUUUUUGCUUUUGGCCCUGGCCCUUGUGGGCAUUGCCGCUGGAGCUCAGCUGCCCGACUCCGCCACCCAGGGACCCAAUCCCCAGGACAUUGCCACUCCGGAGCCGGAGUACAUCGAUAUCGAUGAGCCUGCGCCGGCGGCUGCCGCUCCUGCCCCUCGUCCUGUGGCCGCUGCCCCACGUCCUGUGUUUGCUGCCCCCGCUCCCAUCCCCCGUCCUGUGGCUCGUCCCGUGGCCGUGGCCCAGUCCUUCGUCCAGCAACCCAUCGUCCAGCGGGCCCAGUACCUGGCGCCAGUGGCCCAGCAACAGGUGGUCUUGCCACAGCAGCAACAGCUGGUGGGUCACACAUACAACAGCAGGGCCGGCUACCAGUACCGCCGUCCAGUCUAUAACGAAACCAUCAAAGAAACGACCAACAAGAACAAGACAAGAUCAAAAGCAUAAAGCAUAAAGCAUAAAACAUAAAGAGCGAAGUACAAAGAGACAAAUGAUGUUCUAAAGACAAAGAUCGAAAAACGAAGUAUUCAGUUAUUGUUGAAUUGCCAAGUAAAGUACGAAUAAAAAAACGUAAAUUAUUUGUAAAAAUGAUAAACA